CGUUCUCGUUCGCUCGUUCGUUUGGUAUCUAUCGUGUUGUUUAGAAGCUUAAAUACCGCCACCGCUAAUACCAAACAAAACUGAAAACAACAAAACAAAUACAUACACAGAUCCAACUACAUAUGUAUCAGUGUAUUGGAAAAUUAUUGUACAAAACUACUCAAAUAGACACAAUACUAAAUACAAACUCAUAAGCAGAAUGCCGCCUCAUUUGAAACGAUUCGAUUUGAAAAUGAAUUAGAAAAUUUAAAAAAAAAAAUAUAUAAAAAAUCAAGAAAAAACAAUGUGGCGAGAAAAGAAAAAUAGCAAAACAAUUUUUUAGUUGUUUGGGUGCUAUGUUCGUGAACACAACGAAAGUGCAAAAGAUUAUUAUUUAAAACAAUUUCAAAUAAAACGAAUAUGAAAGAGUUUUGAAUUGAAAAUCUCUGAAUGAACGGGAAAAUAUAUAGAUUUUUUUGCUUUGCUAAUAAAUAACGAGCAAAAGUAUAAAUAAAAAAACACUCCUUAAUAAAAAUACAUUAGUACAAAAAAAAGAGAACCGCAUGCAAUUGCGGAAGUGUUGAAAAAAGUACGUACUACAAACAAAAAGAUUUCGCUUGCAGCAGCGGCAGGCAGCAGAAUACAACAAAUGCCACGGGCAGCAAAUGUGCAAAAGUGUAAAUAAAAUUAAGAAAAAAAACGACAAGGCGUGAAAAAUCAAAAUUAGAAAUUAAAUUGUGAAAAAAGUAUUAAGUAUUGAAAUAAAAUAAAAUAAAACAAAGAUACAACAACUAUAGAGGGAAUAAAACUGGCAAGAUAUUGACUGUUACCAACAAAAUUGCAGGCCAUGACGACAGCUAAAUGGAUUUGGUAUUUAGCACUAACAAUAUUCGCUUUGCUGGCGUUAAGAGUAAAUGCCGAAACACCUAAAGGUUUUGUGAGAGAAGUUUGCAAAUAUAGAAAAUUGCUACAACCUGUCAGUGAUCAUCGUCGUCGUUUAUUUGCCGUGCGUGAGCAAAUGCAAAUAAGAGCGUCAUUGCAGGGUCCUGAAAUAGAUGCCUACAUUUUACCCUCCUACGAUGAGCAUUUGAAUCAAGAAGUUGCUUUAAGAGAUCAACGUUUAAAAUACUUGACCGGUUUUACAGGCACUAAUGCAUUUGCUGUUAUUACCAAUAAAGGUGCUGCACUAUGGGUAGAAAAUCGUUAUGUACAACAAGCCGAUGGCGAAUUGGAUUGUGACUGGGAAAUCUAUCGUUUGAAUGAUACCACCACAAUAGCUGAUUGGCUGGAUUCUCAACUCUAUCCCAAUCAACGUAUUGGAGCUGAUCCCCAUUUAGUGCCCCAUCAUUUAUGGAUGAAAUGGGAGAAUCAAAUUACCGACAAAUUAUUAGAAUUAACAAAGAUCAAUAACAAUUUAAUUGAUUUAAUAUGGAAAGCUGACAGACCCGAACCAUAUUUGGUGACCAUACAAGUACAAGAGAAAUCGUUUGCUGGUGAAAAAUGGGAGGACAAAGUCAACGAGUUAAGGAAACGUUUACAUCAUCAUAAUAGUGAUGCCAUGAUUGUAACGUCAUUGACCGAAAUUGCCUAUUUACUAAAUAUCAGAGGCCGGGAUAUACCAUUCACACCAGUUGUUAAAUCAUAUUUGAUUGUCAGCCAUCAGGAUAUAUUCUUUUAUGUGGAUCGCUUUAAAAUUAGUUUGGGCAUAGAUUUACAUUUACAUACCGAUUGUUUCAAUGAAAUGUGUGUUAAAAUAAAAGAAUAUCAUCAAGUAUGGAAUGAUAUACGUACGUAUUCCCAAGUUUGGAAACGUGUAUUGGUACCAGCACCCUGUGUUCAGGAGCCUGGAGCUUCGGAAGCUGUAUUCUCUUCAUUCCCUUUGAAAAAUGUUUUCGAACACAUAUCUCCCAUAAUAAUGAUGAGAGCCCAAAAGAACUCGGUGGAACAAAAAGGCAUGCGCACAGCUCAUAUAAGAGAUGGUGCCGCUCUUUGUGAAGCCAUGAGCAACUUAGAAACAAGAUUCUUUACCGAACAAUGGACCGAGGAAAAAAUAAAAUACGAAAUAAACCGUUCCCGUUUAUCACAAAAAUCUGUUAAGGGUUUAUCUCUAAGGACUGUGGUGGCCUAUGGCGAACAUUCUUCCUAUCCCUAUUACAUUUCCAGUAAUGUUACCGAUAUUGAGGUAACCGAUCAAAACCUGUUGGUCAUUGAAUCGGGCAGUCAGUAUUAUGAUGGCACCACCGAUGUUUCGAGAACUUUUAUAUUUGGCGAACCAACUGCGGAUAUGAAGCAAGCCUACACAAAUGUUUUGGCAGGUAUUUUGAGAUUAGCACAUUUGAAGAUUCCCUCCGAUUUGAAAUUAUCGGAAAUAGAUGCCUUGGUUAGAGGUCCGGUGUGGUCAACAAUGAAUGAUUAUCCUCAGGCUUCAGGUCAUGGUAUUGGAGCUUAUGGUGCUGUACAGGAACCUCCCAUAGCCGUGGCCUAUGGACAUGACAGUCGUUUUCAUUUUAAAGAAGGCUAUUUCUUUUCAAGUGAAUCUGGUUAUUAUAAAAAUGGAGAAUAUGGUGUACGUUUGAAGAACGUUUUAGAAGUUAAAGAUACUGGCCGCAAGCAUCCUUCCGGAGCGGAGUUUUUAGCAUUCCAUGAUGUAACAUUAGUGCCUUAUGAACCGAAACUGAUAGAUAGUACAAUGUUAAGUGCCUUAGAGAAACGUUGGCUUAAUGAUUACAAUGCCAAAAUCCGUCAAUAUGUGGGCGAUGAACUGAAACGUCAGGGUAAUAUGCAGGCGUUUUACUGGAUGAUGAAUAAAACUCGUCAUAUACGUGAAUAUUUACCCGAAGAAGAAUAUCGAGCUGCUACUGGAGCGGGAACACGUACUCGAGCCUUUUUAACCAUUACUGUGCCGGCCAUAUUAUUAGGUUUGACGGUAUUUGGUAGCUUUUUGCGUUGGCUACUUUAAACUAAGUUUUUAAUUAGUUUCAUUUAUAUAUAAAAUUUAGCAUAAGAAUUUCGAAUUUCAUUUGUUAUAAACAUUUAAAAUGAGAGUUGAAAAUGUUAAUCUAAGGUAGCUUAAUUAAAUUGGGACCAACUAAGCUGGGAAUUUAUAGGAAUCUGAUACCUAGAUUGUAAUCUUAUAUUAUAACAAUUAAUAAUUCUAAUUCUAACUCUUAUUAGUUUUAGUAGAAUUAUUUCAUUCUUAAAAAUUAUGUACGUUAGUUAGAAUAACACAUUUUUAUGAUAAACGAAUAUUUAGCUUAAGUUUUUAAUUUUUACUCCUGUAAUUAAAUGUAAAUUAAGUAAUUAAUUGUAAUUAAUUAACGAAUUAAUUAUAUAAAAUGUAU